AUGAAAAAACUUGAAGACACAGCCCCCCAAUUGAACCACGACAGCCCACAAGACCCGAGAAACACGCUCCACCAAACACCCCAACCUGCGACACACCGAAAAAUAAACACCACUGACACAACACCAACACACCAAACAGACUGGCACCACCCACAAACCAACGAGAAGAAAACACCACAAAAAUGCAAAAUAACGCUGCCGCCGCCACCACCACUACCACUGCCGCCACUGCCCGCCGCCGCCAACGCCACCGCCGCCGCCACGCCACCACCGCCGCGCCGCCUGCUGCUACUGCCGCCGCCGCCGCCGCCACCCACUGCCGCCACUGCCACCGCACUGCCUGCCUGCCACUGCCGCCAUAACGCCACUGCCUGCUGCCGCCGCCGCCGCCACUUAACUGCCCUGCCUGCCUGCUUCCUGCUGCCUGCCGCACCCUGCCCCGCCACUGCUGCUGCCGCCGCCGCCCUGCCUGCCGCCUGCGCACCGCCACUGCCCUUGCUGCUGCCACCGCUGCCGCUGCCCGCUGCCGCGCUGCGCCGCUGCUGCGCCUGCCACUGCUGCUGCCGCCGCUGCCGCGCCGCCACUUGCUACCACUGCCGCCGCCUGCCGCCACUUCCGCCGCCACCACUUGCCCGCCGCCGCCGCUGCCAACGCACUGCCACUGCGCCGCCCUUUACUGCCUGCCACUUAACGCCGCCGCCUUGCUGCCGCCUGCUGCCGCCACCGCACUGCCCCACUGCCUGCCGCCACCGCCGCCACUUCCCCGCCCGCCACGCCACUACCUUCCCUGCCGCCUGCCCGCCUUCCCUUCCCACUUCCUUCUUCCGCCACUGCCGCCAGCGCGCCGCCGCCCUUGCCGCCGCCACCACUGCUGCUAACACUUGCCGCCGCUGCGCCACUCGCCGCCUGCUACGCCACUUCCUGCCUGCCGCGCCACUGCCGCCGCCUGCCGCCUGCCUGCCUGCUUGCCACUGCCACUUGCCUGCUGCCACCGCCGCUACUGCCCCGCGCCAUACGCGCUGCGCGCCGCUGCACUGCUACCGCCACCGCACCGCUACUUCCUGCUGCCCGCCUGCCGCUGCUGCUACCACUGCGCCUGCCUGCCGCCACGCCACUUGCGCCACUGCCGCCUGCGCCACUGCUGCUGCCUGCCACUUGCCGCCGCUACUGCCUGCUGCUGCCGCCACUGCCCCGCCUGUCCACCGCCCACCCCCGCCCACCCACCCACCCCCCUUGCCCCCCCCACCCCCCCCCCCCCCACCGCGCCCCCCGCCCCCCGCCCCCCGCCGCACCCGCCCCCCCUUGCCCCCCCCCCCCCCCCGGCCGCCCCCCCCCACCCUCGCGCGCUUGCCCCCCGCCCCUCACCCACCUUUGCCCCCCCAGCCCCUCCCCCCCUUGCAGCGCGCUCCCCCCCCGCCCCCACCGACCCCGCUCCUCCCCCCCCCCCCCCCACCCCCCCCGCCCCCCCCUCCCUGCCCCCGCCCGCCCCGAACCCCGCCCCCCUUGCCCCCGCCCCCUCCGCCCCGCCCCCCCCCCCCCCCUGCCCCCCCGCCACUUGCCCCUGCCCCCCCUUGCUACCCCCCUUGCACCGCGCGCCUUCCCUUGCCCCCCCCGCCCGCCCCGCCCCGCUCCCCUUGGCCACCCGCCCCGCAGCGCCCCUGCACGCCCCCCGCGCCUUGCGCCCCCCCCCCCCCCGGGCCCCCUCGGCCUCACCCCCCCCCCCCCCCGCCGCCCCUGCCCAGCCCCCCCCGCCCGCCCCGCCCCGUCCCCCCGCCUUGCCGCCCCCCCUCCACCCCCCGCGCCACCCCCCGCACUACUGCCUGCCUGCCCGCCUGCCUGCCGCCGCCACCCGCCGCCACUGCACCACUACCACCGCCGCCACCGCCUGCUGCCCCUGCCACCACCUGCCUGCCACCACUGCACUGCUACUGCUACCCACUGCCUGCCCGCCCCGCCCUGCACCUGCCACCACACUACCCUGCUACUGCACCACCUGCCUGCCUGCACUUCCCACCACGCCGCACCCUGCUACCGCCUGCACCCGCCACCACCACUGCCUGCCCGCCUGCCUGCCCCAACACCUGCCCUGCCUACCGCCCGCCUGCUACACUGCCUGCCUGCCUGCUACCUGCCCCCACUACACCGCCACCCGCCGCCUGCCCUGCCACCACUGCCCCCGCCUGCGCCACGCACCCCCACUGCCCCGCACCACUCUGCCUGCCACCACCACCUGCCCCGCCACCCGCCGCACCACUGCCCCACUGCUACCCACCACCCACCCCACCCCACCCCACCACUACCUGCCCCCCCCCCCGCCCCCCCCCCCCCCCCCCGCCCCACCCCCUUUGCCCGCCCGCCCCCCCCCCCCGCUGCCCUCGCCUCCGCCCCUCCCCCCCCCCCUCCCCCCCGCCGCCCCCCCGCCCCGCCCGCCCCCCGCCGCCCCCCUGCCCCCCCCCUUGCUUGCCCCCCCCGCCCUGCACCCCCCCCAAGCCCCCCUCCC